GGUUGCGUUAUUAUUUUCUCUACACAGAUACUGGGUAUAUUGAAAGAGUUCCUGAUGACGAAUACAUGGUGAAUGGAGAUGACACGAUGACAUAGAAAAAAAAAUCUAAAUUCGUAAAUGAUUUUACAUAAUAUCACGUAAUGAAGCAAUGAAAAAUCAAUUGACGCGCGGGGUCAACGUUCUAUACGAUACAUGGGGCACGUCUGCCUACCUUCUCGCUACAUUGCGUAUUCACAAAGUAUUUAUGUGCAUUUACUAAAAUUACAUGCUUUUAUCACAAUUUUAUUACUGGUGGUAGGACCUCUUGUAAGUCCGCGCGGGUAGGUACCACCACCUUGCCUAUUUCUGCCGUGAAGCAGUAAUGCGUUUCGGUUUGAAGGGUGGGUCAGCCGUUGUAACUAUACUGAGAUCUUAGAACUUAUAUCUCAAGGUGGGUGGCGCAUUUACGUUGUAGAUGUCUAUGGGCUCCAGUAACCACUUUACACCAGGUGGACAGCGAGCUCGUCCACCCAUCUAAGCAAAAAAAAAAUCUAUAAUCGCAUCUAAAGUUUUCUUUAUCUUCCAUUUUUUCCCCGUUAAAUAUGAGCAGUAGUUCGUUUCCGAGUUCGUUGAUCCGUUAACAGGUCGUAUUCCAUUUCGAGAAAGCGGCACGACACGAAAGCCCUCUUGUCGUAGCUACCAGUAUCUACAUACCCGAUCCUGCGGACCGAAUGGUAAACAGUCAAAGUCGCCCUGAACAUGUCAUUUCGGAUCCUCCCGAUCCACUAACGGUGCUUUUAGGUACCUCAAGCACCGGUCAUCGUUCUCGUCGAACCCGUCGCUUGCGACGAAGGGCUCGGCGAGCAAAUUAACUCACACACACAACCCGCUGAGUCUCUCGCCGGAUCUUCUCAGCUGGUCGCGUUUCUGAUCCGGUGGUAGAUUCUGCGAAUCUAAUAUAAGCUUUCGGGGCUACUAGAAUAGGUAGGAAAAAAAUGUCGUAUAGUCAGGGGUUUUAAUUGAUCUUCAAUUGUUUUAGAAAGUCAUUUAUAAUUUUUGGUUUUUCCACAACAAGGUUGGUGGUUAAUAGUUUAUUGAAUGUCAUGGUUAUAUUCUCGAUACUAAUAAAAUAAUUUCAUAGUUUUUAUUUAAGUUCUAAGUAUCAACGAAUUUACGAAUCCAUUCAGUUUAUUUUGAAACUGAUGUUUAUCCAAUCGUACAGAUCUUUGAAUAACCUUCAGUGGUUCGUUACCCCGAAGCAUAACGUUCUGGAAUAGCGAACCAUCAUUCCAUGCACACAAUGCGGAAAAAAUACAGGGAGCAAUGAACCCCACAGUACUCUGGGCUUCAGUACGAAGCACUGGUGAUUCUCACAUUAGCCCAGAAACAGCUCGGCAGCCACCGCCUUGUAAAUCACUUGAAGACGACCCGUCGCACCGACGCCCGCUGCGAUCUCACGCGAAAAAUAGAUAAUUUCAUGUAGCUGAGAAUAAUUCGAGAUAAUCGGAAACUGCGCCAUAGUUUGUCGAGCGGCGGUCCGGCAGCCACGACGCUCUACGCCCUCUGAGUUAAAAGAAAACUAUGCCAAUGUAUCAGAGACCACCGUUCUGGCGGGUGCCACACCAACGCGUGGACCCUGAAGACGAGCCCAGGAACUUUGGUCAACGAAAGGUGACGCCAGGUACUCCGGCCGGCAGGGACUUAGUCCGUGGGGAUAUCAUCGCGAAGAUCGACGAUUAUGACGCACGUGACCUUCGACACGAGGACGCACAGAAUCUAUUCAAGAAUGCUCCAAAUCAGAUUAAAUUAGUCAUACAAAGGGGCGGUUCGAGUCCUCAUCUAUACUCUGUACCACGCACGACGGGCAGCUAUGUAGGCCGUGUGCCGACACCCACAUUUUAUCACGAGCUCGCCGAGGACGUGGAACGCGAAGGACUGAGAGGUUCAGGCACGCCACUAGCGCCACGUUCGCCCAUACCCAACGCAAGCGCCACACCAUUCAGGACUCCAAGCCCGUUGCCUCCGUCAUGGCGUGGUCCGGAAUCUCUGCCUCGCAGCACACCGGUGCCACCUUCGCAAUUCCAGCCACAACUGGACGGCGAAUACAGAACCUAUCUGCUGUCGCCUUCUUCCACGCGCACCGAUGAGACCAUCGAUGAGUCUAUUCAGAGUCAGCCGUACCGCACCACUCCUCUCGUGCUCCCGGGAGCUAAGGUCCGAAGGGAGCCUGGCCCCACAGAGAGUUACCUGCGUCAUCACCCCAACCCAGCAAUGAGGGCACCUCCUAACCACGACUACCGUGAUACCCUUAUGAAACAAAAGGUGGCAGAGUCGGUGCUGCAGCGAGUGGUUGGCGAAGAGGCACCUAAGGUGUUGCACAAGCAAUUCAACUCUCCAAUCAAUCUAUACUCGGAACAGAACAUUGCAAACUCUAUCAGGCAGCAAACUUCGCCUCUGCCCCCCAGGCCGGCCGCGCAGUACGACCCCGCCAAGUCCGAGACGUACCGCGCGCUGCAGGAGGACGGCCUGCCCGACGCCGCCACCGAACUCUCCGCGCCCGUCGCCACCAAGGUCUUCACAGCGCCGACCAGCAAGAGGCCAGCGCCUACACCGAAACCGACGAAGCAGUCCGACGCGAAACCGAAAGGAAAACAAACGACCUUCGUAAAUUCACUACACGAAGAACACAUUCAACAGUCGAAUUCAUUCAAACGCCUCAUGUUCAACGUACUUGGGGACACCGAAUUCUAAAGAUGCGACGCGUGACCUCCUUCAGCGCACUAACGACUGCUCGAUGUUCCUAAUUAUGCGGCAAUAAUACCAUUAACCACCAUAGUGCAGUUGUAGUAGCCUUGUCACACAACUCAUGGAACUCAUGUGUUGCUAGUUGACAAAAAAAAACCGGUCUUGCCAUCAUCUUAAAAUUUAAAUAACCGGGGAUAGGACGGUUACUGGAAUUUUAAUUAAAAUAAAUAAAUAAGACUAACAUUUUUAAUUUUAGAUAAAGCUAUUUUAAUUGUCUUGGCAGUGUGAAAUAUUUAUUAUUUUCGGUGGUUUUAAUCGUUUCUAAUACUCGAGUAUUAGUGAUAUAAUUUAUUAUUUACAUUAAGUAGAAGUAUGACGUUUAAAACUAAGUGUUGAGUUUUCUGUUUUGUACAGGAAAAUUACCAUUAUUUAUGUAUAAUUUAAGAAAUGUUGAGUGUACAGUCUAGUCACGGCGACCAGAGCUCCGGUCGUAUCUCACGAAAAUAUAUAACGAUCAUUCUUAAAUAAAUUAUUUUUAUUUA